AUGCCUGAUUCAGGCCAGAAGAAGGUAGGAUCUGGUUAUCGUAGCGUCCCAACAACUGAUACAUAUAGAGUGAAAUUUCUGAUACCUAUGAACUGCGAUGAUUCAACUGUUCUCAGUGUCGAGAUCAACCAAGUUCUGGUCCGACGUGGUGGUGAGACGGAAGCCCAGUCAGACCGUGACGGCCUCCUCAUACCAUUGAAGCUAGGCCCAAAUAGGCAGUCAACCAGUGGCCGAGACACUAAAAUCCGACCCUAUACUAUAGAUUUUCCCGCUCAAGACCAAGUCUGUACUGCCGUGUGUGUGUGCCGCCGUGCGUGCGCCGUCACAAACAACAGGGAAGUCCCCCGCAUUGGCAAAGACAACUGCGCUGCAGCGUUCCACAGCCGAACCACCAAAGCUCGGACCCUCCGUGACGGCUGCGGGACAAACGAGCCAUUCACCCCACCGAUCUCCAUCCCCGCACUCCCUCUCCUCCUAUCCAUCCUCAUUGAUGUGACCUCGACUCCCGCUCCGCAACUGGGAGCGGAAUGCUGCGGAGCUCCCCGGUUCCGGCACCGGCGGGGCCUCCCGUCGGCCAGUUCCAGUGGAGCUCCCCUUCUUCACUCGACAACCUCAACAUCGGAGACAUUGGACGAGCACAUGGCCGGACCACAAGACGCCGUGAUCGCCGAGUUUGCAGUGGCCUUCCUGGCUGACCGGCGUUGAGAUUGUAAUCCCGCAACCGCGUCUACACAAAC